GAGACACACACACAGUCUUGGAGAGAGCGCGCAAGGCAGGGAACCCUUCCCCUCCUUUUCCGAGGCUGCACUUCUUGGAAGUGAAGCGGGCUGGGGUUUUGUUUCCCUUCCCCCCUCCGCCCUCCUCUUCCUCCACCCCUUUCCCCUCCCCCUCCCCCUCCCCCUCAGCUGUCUUUCUAGCAUGAUGCCCUUUUUCAUCCACAUUUGUGUUUCAGGUGUAGAAAGCAGAGAGUGAACAGGGAGCGGGGCUUUUGUCUGUUGGUCUCCCUGGACUGAAGGAAGGGAGAAUAGAAGAAGCCCAAGACUAUUAAGAGUCUCAAAAUGGUUUACUACCCAGAACUCUUGGUCUGGGUCAGCCAAGAACCGUUUGCAUACAAGGAAAUGGAGGGAGGUCUUAUUAAGGGAAGACUUCCCGUGCCUAAGGAAGUGAACCGAAAGAAGAUGGAGGAGACUGGCGCUGCCUCGCUGACUCCGCCAGGCAGCCGUGAAUUCACCUCUCCAGCUACCAGUUACCUCCACCCUUUUUAAUCGUCCCACCUCCAUUUGUAUUGCAUAUGGUGUAUGGGGUUUUGAUGAGGUCUUGGUAUCAUAUAUGGGAUUUUUUUUUUUUCUGUGUAAAUCAUCAACUAUAAGAAGAAACUAUGGGACUCUAAGCCUGGCUUUAGAGAAUUUACAGUGGACAAAUAGGUUUCAUCAAACCAGUUUUUAAUCAUUCUGACUCAAGUGAAAACGCUCAGAAUUUCACACUGUGAAUCCACGUUUACAACCCCUACAGGUGGGCCUUCAGGCCUGGUUCGCUACAACAAUGUCUUCCACAACUCAAAACUCCUACUGCGCUCAGAUGACUGGUCCACUCCUGCCUUUCAUCAGACAGCUCCCGACUGCUUCUUGCAGAGGCUGAGAGUCCCCCCCACGGUUUUUUUUUUUCUUCAUUUAGAUGUAACAAGCCUAGUAGUUUAUGUUCAUCAAUUGUCUGUAUAUCUAUAUUUUACCCAUGUACUCUUUUGAUGUAUAGAAGUAGUUUGAAACUCAUUGUUUCCUUGUGGUAAGUGACUGAGACGCUGCCACAGGGCCUGAGACACUGAUGAAUGGUGCUAUUUUGGACUUUCAACAUGCUCCUUGGCGAGGUAGCUCUGGUGGAGUUGUUUUUAUUUCCAUGUUCUAAGAAGGUGUCGGUACUUUGUUUCCUGGAAUGUUCUUCUCUAGACUGGACUGACUUGUUUCCCUUGUGUCUUGAGUGUGGCUUUCUUCUUCAGGGUUGUAGGUUGAGUGGAUGCUACCAAGAGUGUGAGAGGCUGUCCUCUCGUGACUGGCCCUGGUGGAUGUGCAGUCACGGUAGCGGGAGCAAUCACAAAACUGUAAUUGACCUACCAGAUCUCUUCCUUUCUGCAGCCUCACCUGCCUGACUUAGAAAAAGAAAAGCAAUAAUUUUUUUCCAGGCGUUCUGAGGUUAUCUCUUUGGAUUCUUUUUGUUUGACUAGAUAUUGGGGGAGGGGGGAUAAAAGUCCACUCUUUUAAUAAGUGCCAUGUGGGAAAAAAAAUCCAAAGUGCUGGCAUUUGAGUAGGAAUUUGAAAAUUAUCCCUUUCCCAAAGUUGAAAUUGGAAAAAUGUCUUUACAAAAUAGUGAUGAUGAAGGUGAUGACUAUGAUAGUGAUGACGAUGUUGUUGUUGUUGUUGGUGGUGGUGGUGAUGAUGGUGAUGGUGGUGAAAGGCAAAAUACCUUUUUGGGGUGGUUUUGAUAAGCAAGGUGUAGAUUUUACAUUUUUGUCCUUGCUCCCAAUGAAAUGGAUAAACAAAAAUAAAAUCUGACAAUGCCAUCUCCUCACAGAAUGUUGUUGUGUUAGCCAGACUGAAAGCCCACCUUAAUUUUUAUAUAACGUCUUUGGCUCUUCCUUUGACAGGGCAGGCCUUGUUCUGAACUGUUUGCGCUUCUGACUGUUAAACACCAAUGAUGCAUGCACUGUCCCUCUUCACUCUUUCUCUCGCUUCCCCUCUGGCUUGAGUUUCUUGUGCAUUCUCGCUACCCCCACCUCUGUUAGGGUAGGUAUAUCAGCUAUGUAAAUAAAGCAAGGAAACGGUAUUGUGCAUUUGUGGCAUUAUGUAGAAUUGCAGUGUGCGCUGCCGAAAAUGCAGGCUUUUGUAACGUGGUCCUCUCAUAAGUACCCAAUGUAUUUUAGCUAUUUUAGUAGGAUUUGUUCAAUAAAUAUGCAAGCUAUAAGGUAA